AUGGUGCCCACGAGCCGGGAGCCGCCGGCCGCCACCACGCAGGUCAGCGUCGCCGGCUUCCACGCCGGCCUCUCGGCGCGGGGCCUCGCCGGGUACUUGGAGUCCGUGGCCGGCCGGGUCCGGUGCUGCCGGGUCAAGAACUCCUCCACGCCGCCCGACUCCUACCCCAACUUCCAGCGCCUCCUCCCCAACGACGACGACGCGUUCCGGGCCGCGCCGGCGCCGCGCGAGCUCGCGAUGCCCCCGCACGCCUUCGUCCACUUCGCGGAGCCGGAGGCCGCACGCCGCGCCGCCGCCGGCUCCGAGCUCCUCGUAAAGCGCGCGCGCCCCGCCCACGGCGGCUCCCUCCGCCGCGCGGCCCGCCGCCGGGGCGCCGAGCCCUUCCGCUUCGCGGGCUCGCGCGCCGAGGUGGGGAACCUCUGGGAGCCCGACGACUUCGCCGUCGCCUGGCGCGCCCCGGAGCCGGGGGACUCCGCCGCGCCCGGGGGGCUCGACUUCGUGGUCGACCCGCUCGACGACACCUGCCGCCUCGUGUUCUCCCGCGACGCCGCAUUCGAGUUCCCGGGAUCCCGCGGGGCCUCCGCCGUGCUGCGCUGCGACGUCAAGCUCGAGUUCUCCUUCCUCGACGUCGCCGAGGUCCUGGCGUUCCAGAACGACGACUCGCUCCUCCUCCGGCUCUCGGCCGCGCCCCUGCUGUACUACCGCACGGCGGCCGACGACGUUCACCAGCCGGUGCCGUUCGACCUGCUCGACGACGACGACGACGACCCGUGGAUACGGACGACCGACAUUACCCCCAGCGGGGCGAUCGGGCGGUGCUGGGUGUACAGGGUCUCGUUCAAGACGUGGCUCUGGCCAGAGAUGAAGGACGCGCUGGCCUACAUGAAGGGCCAGCAAGUGCCUGUCCUGUUGUGUGGCAUCGGGUGUCGGGGGCUCAAUGUGAACGACGAGCAGGCGUUCGGGCAACCAACGGAUGACCUGUUCUUCAGCGUGCAGUAUGAGGGGCUAAGGUUUCCGGUGUUGUUCUUGGUCAAUGUGCUGGUGCACAAGGGAAUAGUGAAUGAACACCAGCUCACAUCGGAGUUCUUCGGCUUGCUGGAGAAAGAAGAAGAUGAUGUGAAUGUGGCUGCGUUGACGGAACUGUUGGGAGAAAAAUUUCAAGUGUUCUACUUAUGCCGGAGGCUAAAGAAUGUGCAGAUUAGGGCUGCUGAGAACAACAAACUUCUUCGUCUUCACAGCAGCAGAAAGGUUACUGGUGAUCACAAUGCCGAGGUGCGGAGUAUGGUGAUCACUCCCACCAGGGCGUAUUGCCUGCCGCCUCAGGUGGAGCUCUCUAACCGCGUUAUCAGACAUUAUCAUCGAGUGGCAGACCGGUUCCUGAGGGUAACAUUCAUGGAUGAGGGUAUGCAGCCGCUGAACAUCAAUGCGCUGAACCUCUAUGCAGCACCAAUAGUCAAGGACAUGAUGUCAAACUCGCUCCAGCAGAAGACAACAGUUCAUAGGCGUGUCCGAACAAUUUUGACAAAAGGUUUCCACAUGUGUGGCAGGAAGUACUCAUUCCUUGCAUUCUCAUCGAACCAGCUGAGGAAAAGAUCAGCUUGGUUCUUUGCAGAGGAUGGGACAACAACUACUGCAAGCAUUAGAGAGUGGAUGGGACAGUUCCCGAGUAAUAAUGUCGCAAAACACGCUGCUCGAAUGGGGCAGUGCUUCACAUCUUCAUAUGCAACAGUAUUAAUCCAACCUUAUGAGGUCAAUGAGUUUCUUGAGGAUGUUGAGCAUAACGGGCACAAUUUCUCUGAUGGAAUUGGCAAAAUCACUCCAGGUCUCGCAAUGGAAGUUGCUAAGAGGUUGCCUCUGAUGCAUAAUUAUCCCCCAUCUGCGUACCAGAUUAGAUAUGCAGGAUUCAAGGGUGUUUUAGCUGUUUGGCCAGGACAAAAUGAUGGGAUACGGAUUUCCCUUAGGCCAAGCAUGAGGAAGUUUGAGUCUACCCACUCAGUGUUAGAAGUUGUGUCCUGGACAAAGUUCCAACCUGCAUUCUUGAACCGCCAGAUUAUAACAUUGCUGACCUCCUUGGGUGUACCAGAUUCUAUCUUUUGGCAAAUGCAGGGGGCAAUGCUUCAUAAUCUCGACAGGAUUUUAUCAGACAGAGAUGCUGCUUACCAGGUUGUAACAACAAGUUGCUCUGAGCAUGGAACCAUCCCAGGACUGAUGCUUAGUGCUGGGUUUACUCCUGAAACUGAGCCACACCUGAAGGCAAUGCUUUUAGCUAUCAAGUCCUCACAGCUGCAGGGUCUUUUGGAGAAAACAAAGAUUUUUGUGCCUAAGGGAAGGUGGUUGAUGGGCUGCCUUGAUGAACUUGGGAUCCUUGAGCAAGGACAAUGCUUUGUUCGGGCCUCAGUGCCGUCACUCAACAAAUAUUUUGGGAAGCAUGGCUCAAUAUUUUCCUCGGGAAACAAAAGUGCAGAGGUCAUUGUAGGUACCAUUGUGAUGGCAAAGAAUCCCUGCCUUCAUCCAGGGGAUGUCCGUAUCCUUGAAGCAGUAGAUGUGCCUGAACUGCAUCACCUUGUUGAUUGCUUGGUCUUCCCUAAGAAAGGUGUGAGGCCACACCCCAAUGAAGCAUCUGGGAGUGAUCUUGAUGGGGAUGUCUACUUUGUGACAUGGGAUGAGAACCUUGUACCUCCGAGGAAACAGAGCUGGACCCCUAUGGACUACUCCCCGGUUCACGCAAGACAGCUACUGCGUGGAGUACGUCAACAUGAUAUCAUUGAUUUCUUCUUAAGGAACAUGGUAAGUGAGAUCCUUGGUCCGAUAAGCAAUGCUCAUGUUGUCCAUGCUGACCGUAGCAAGUAUGGAGCAAUGGAUGACAAGUGCAUUCAGUUGGCUGAACUAGCAGCCACUGCUGUGGACUUCCCCAAGACCGGCAAAAUUGUGACAAUGCCACCAUUCCUUCGACCACAGGAAUAUCCUGACUUCAUGGGAAAGGAAGAUGACAUCUCGUAUAAAUCAGAAAAGAUCCUUGGAAGGCUUUAUCGGUCGAUUCAACAGUAUAUGCUUGUAAGAUCUUUGGAAGACUUUAGCAGAAAUGAUGUCCCUUAUGACACCAAUCUGGAAGUUCCUGGUGCAUCACUUUUCCUUGAAGAUGCUUGGCAAUGCAAGUGCUUGUACGAAUCAAAGCUGAACCGGCUGCUCAAUCAAUACAGCGUGCGCACUGAGGCAGAGCUCGUGACGGGGGAGAUAUGGUCGCUUACAGAAAGAAACAAAAGGAGGAAGAAUGAGAUAAAAGAGAGGCUCAAACAUGCUUAUUCCAAACUCCAUCAAGAGUUCCGGAAUAUCUUUGAAAGCAUUGGAGCAGAUCAUGGUGAGAGCCCUGAAGAGAAGAAAGUGCUGGUAUAUGAGAUGAAGGCAUCUGCGUGGUACCAGGUAACUUAUCACCCCAAAUGGAUCCAAGCUUUAAGGGAGACGAGUGAGUUUGAUGGUAAGGAAAUGCCGGCAAGACUCAGCUUCCCAUGGAUCGCUGUAGAUUACCUGACACGUAUAAAGAUAAGGCGCCGAGGACAAGCGGAUGCCAUUUCAAGGGAUCGCGGCCUACGUUUUAAGCGACAAUUCAGUGAGGGCUGUGAAGUUUCCUGGAUGCCUGAAGCAAGACCACUCUACCAUUUCGCCUUGCCUACUUGAAGCAGGACCACUAAGUUCAGAAGCCGCUGACAUGAGCUCAAACGUGGUACUCGGUGGGAUCAAUGUUUUUAGUUGGGGACUACUGUACUGUUCUUCUUAACUCUAAUUACGACCACAUGAA